UAUUGUAUAAUCGAGAUGAAUCUACAGUUUCUUUCUGCUAUAUUCACAUUAUUUAUACUUUCUGCGGCAUCAAGCGCAGAAGUACCCUGUCCGAGACCGAACUCGACACUACCCACUAGUAAUUACGCAGACUUGCAUCGUCCGAAGCAUUUUGAAGUGAAGUCUGGUCUGAAUUACAGUUAUAUCUACGCAGAAGCGCAAGUGAAUCGACCAACCUUUUUACUUCUCCAUGGUUUCCCAAGUUCAGUUUUCGACUGGCGAUAUCAGAUAAACGACCUCACGGAUGCUGGCUACGGUGUCAUUGCGCCAGAUUUAUUGGGCUACGGCCACACCGACAAACCCACCGAUGUGAAUGAUUGCUGUGACUGGGGCUCAGGACUUCCGAAUAAGCUCGCAAUGUUCUACCCUAACUUCUUUUCUUCGUACGUGUUCGUCUCUGUGCCGUACUCACCGGGUGCAUUCGAUCUCGACGCCAUCAACCAGCAGACGGAAGCUAUAUUUGGCUAUCCCGCAUUCGGCUACAUGAAGUUCUUCAAUGAGACGAAAGCGGCAGAAGUCUUGGAUCAGAACAUCGAAUCUUCACUGUCCCUGGUCUAUCCUCGUGUGCCUGAGCGUUGGCAAACUGAUUUGUGUCCAUAUGGAACGGCGGAGGAGUGGAUACGGAAGGAAAGGUUUGACCCUCUUCCGCCAUGGGAAUCUGAGCACGAUCGCGAGUAUCGUGUUCGGAUGUUUAGGGAAGGAGGUUUUGCAGCUCCUCUGAACUGGUACAAAUCUAAUAUUCGAAACAUCGAUGCAGAGGAUGUCGCGAAGGUACCACCCGAGAACAUUGUUCUGAACAAGCCAGUGCUGUUCAUUGGGGGAGAUCAGGAUUACGCUACACGUAUUGAGAUCAUGCAGCAAGUAGCGAAGGCCGGGAAGGAGAGCUUCUUGCCUGAUGUAGAGGUCAAAACUGUUGAAGGUACUAGUCAUUGGCUGCUUUUGGAGAAACCGCGAGAGGUCUUUGUUCUUUUGGAUGGGUUUGCGCGAAAGCUGGGGCAGAAUGUUACGGAUUACAAGAUGCCCUGAACUCAAAGUACAUCUCUCGUGUACGUGUCUAGUAAUAACUGGACAGGAAAUGCAUACCAUACUAUGGGAGCACGAUUGAUCUUUCGGUUUGGAAUAUGCACUUGGAAAGGCGAGUCAUGAAUGUAUAGAGGGUACAUUAUCCUGACUCGCGCAGGUCGGGUAAUCACUACAGUAACAUCCCAACUAGGUAGCUUAGACGUCAAGUCAUUCGAACGAUUCUUGACACUGGCAUGGCAAGUAUGCAGUACUGAAGUAUCGAAAGGCCUCGAGAUCAAGGCUCCCAUCAAGCAGAAAGAGCUUAGGCCCGAAAUGCUUCCCCGCACCCCACAGUGUACAGAUACGAUUCGUGUACCGCUAUCGCUCGUGUCUGGCAUUUCGCCGU